AUGGAGGUAUUUCUGGAAGGAGGGAGCGAGGUAGAGAGGAAAAAGGAAAGGAAUAAUGUACAUGGAAUUAUAAUGCAAUGUUGUAAAAUCAGAAGGAUUUGGCAUAAUCUCAAUUUCAAUCCUUUCUUGAUACUUGCCACUGAGCCCUGGGACAGAGCCUUACCUAAAGUUGUUCUGACUUUCGUUGGUUUCUUUCUUUGGGGAACUUCCUUGUUCUUACUGUUUGGAGGAAUAUUUGUGAUCCUUACCUACAAAAACUAUGGAGCCUUCUUUCCAAAUCAAUUCUUCCCUCUGCCGGGCUGGCUGGCUAUCCUGACCGCUGCUUUGCUUUUACUAGCUGGGUUGUUGGCAGUCUACAACCCUGUGAGAAAUUCUCAUUAUAGUCAAGGAAUUCUAAUGUAUUUGCUGCUGGUCCUGUUCUGUCUGGAAACUUCCUCGGUCGCCAUGACCCAAGUCUACUCUGCUAAAGCAUGCUACCAACUGAAAAGCAGUCUGGGUCACUUUUUCCACCAAUACAACGGGAGUUCUCCACAUCAUUGCAGCACUGAGAUGGUGAACGCCAUCCACAAACAAUUAAAGUGUUGUGGGAUCUACAAUUACACUGACUGGACAGAAGGGCUCCCAAAGUAUCUCCAGAAUGGACACGUCCUUGUUCCAGAAAGCUGUUGCAAAGAGACUUUCUUGGAUUGCAAUGGUGACCUAAACCAAUCAGAGAAACUCUUCAAGGAAGGAUGUCUUAUGAAGCUACAGAAAAGGCUGAGGUUUAUCACACAGUAUAUGGAUUGGUGUUGUGUGCUGGCCAUUUGCCUGGAAAUAUUAGCUGCUAUCAGCAAUGGAAUACUAAUGAAGGCACCCCCAGCCCAAGACUUUCACAUUAUGGAUUCUUCUGCUUUUUCUUAA